GGAUAUAAUCGGCCAACGCGUGUGAGAGGGCUGAACUUGGAAGCCCUAUAUAACUGACAAGUCUUCCAAAAAUGUUGGUUCUGUUCUCCAGAGCAAGCUCAACUUCAAUUCCCUCUCCAAAACUUUGAACAACCAUGGGUGUCACUUUCAAAGUACUUGCCUUGUCGGCCUUAGCUGCUAUCACGCAUGCUUCGCCUCUCCUGUAUCCUCGAGCCACGGACUCGAACAUCACCUAUGUGUUCACCAACCCCAAUGGCCUGAAUUUCACCCAGAUGAACACCACCCUGCCAAACGUCACCAUUUUCGCGACAGGCGGCACAAUCGCCGGCUCCAGCGCCGACAACACCGCAACAACGGGCUACAAAGCCGGCGCUGUCGGGAUCCAAACACUGAUCGACGCAGUCCCGGAAAUGCUGAACGUCGCUAACGUCGCCGGCGUUCAAGUCACCAACGUCGGCAGCCCAGACAUCACUUCCGACAUUCUCCUGCGCCUCUCCAAGCAGAUCAACGAGGUCGUCUGCAAUGACCCCACCAUGGCCGGCGCAGUCGUCACUCACGGCACUGACACGCUCGAAGAAUCCGCCUUCUUCCUCGACGCCACGGUCAAUUGCCGCAAGCCCGUGGUCAUCGUCGGUGCCAUGCGCCCGUCAACCGCCAUUUCCGCCGAUGGCCCCCUCAACCUCCUGCAAUCCGUCACCGUCGCCACAAGCCCCAAGGCCCGAGACCGUGGCGCCCUGAUCGUCAUGAACGACCGCAUCGUCUCCGCUUUCUACGCCUCCAAGACGAACGCUAACACCGUCGAUACCUUCAAGGCCAUCGAAAUGGGUAACCUGGGCGAAGUCGUCUCCAACAAACCCUACUUCUUCUACCCUCCAGUCCAGCCAACAGGCAAGACGGAAGUAGAUAUACAGAACAUCACUGCCAUCCCCCGAGUCGACAUCCUCUACUCAUACGAAGACAUGCACAACGACACCCUCUACUCCGCCAUCCAAAACGGCGCAAAGGGCAUCGUCAUCGCCGGCUCCGGCUCCGGCUCCGUCUCCACCCCCUUCAGCACCGCUAUCGAAGACAUCACCACCAAACACAACAUCCCCAUCGUAGCCAGCACGCGCACCGGAAACGGGGAGGUGCCGUCCUCUGACGAAUCGAACCAGAUCGCAAGUGGGUAUUUGAACCCUGCGAAGACGCGCAUUCUGCUUGGUUUGUUGCUCGCGGAGGGGAAGGGCGCUGAAGAGAUGAGGUCGGUUUUUGAGCGGAUUGGAGUUGCUUGAAACUUUUUGUUUCUUCUACUGCUUGAGUUUUGGGCUCUGGGGUUGAGGGUUGUGUAUUAUUAUAUAUAGGUUUGAUGGGUUUUUUUUCUUUCUUCAAGGGGGGCGGGGAUUGGUUGUUAUAUAUAGAUUAUAGAGUUACGAAUGGAAUAUAUUAAAUAUUUUUAUAGGGA